AUGGGGCUCCUUGUAGAUGGAGACCUGGCUGUAUUCACUGACACGCCGCACAAUGCCCAAAUCUGGGACCUUGGGCUAACGGAGAUGCUUGACUGGCGACUGAAGCUAUGUAUGUACGGGUAUGUCCCGAACAGCGCCUCCGGCUCAAGUUGUCGGUCGACGUGCCCGGAGUGGGAGUCCACGUUUACCAGACGUUCCCAGUACAAGUCCCAAUUCCCCAUUCGUCCAUUAAAAGCAAUCCUAUCCCCCGUCCAAUUCGCGGCUGGGCCACCUGGAGAGCUGGUCUUCUUAAUUACGACUCACAUCCUCUUCGUCUUUCCCAAUUCCUCCUACUCCUCCUCUUCUCUUCACUUCCACAACCCAUCUCCGAUUACUCCUACAUUUCUAGGACAUCUCCCCUCUCAGUUGCAUACGCAUAAAGCAAACACAACGAGGACAGGAUUCAAGCGAACCACCCAUUGGGACGUCGACUUGUUUUCUCUGCUGCCGCUACCCGCUUUGCAGCAACGCCUAUCUAGGACAACACGCGACUCGACGCUUGACUUGUGGAGAGUUGCGCCAGUUCCGACCCCAGCUUGCGCGCGACCUCCCAUCAUUACUGCACGAGCAGGACUGCUUCUCUUACGACGAGGACGGCAAAGAAGGACGAUUGUCGCACGAUUCUCACAGCUUAGCAGCGCCAGCGGAUCUCUCGAAGCUCGACAGAACCUCUACAAGCCUGCACAAACACACACACACAUAAACCACCCCGCCGCCACAAUGACCGAUGCCGCAGAGCCACAAAAGGCCCCCGUGGUCGCCGAGGCCCACCUCGUUGAUACCUUCCUCCCUCGCGCCAAACAGCACCGAACGUCUGCGUCUGCGUCCUCACCCCUUCAACCGCAUUUACACGGUUCUCUGGGCGAGCGCAACGCAAAGCCUGACUGCUCUCGCUUCGACCAAAUGGUUUUAUUUGCAUUGCGCCGCCGAUUUGCAGAAGCCAGAUUCCAGACCCAGACACCCAAGAGUCAGACCCAGUUCCAUGGCCUGUUGCCGUCCGAAAGUCGCGUGAGGGGCACUGGAGAUUGCCCAUGGUGGCUGCAGGGGGUCGUGGUUACUGUGGUCAACCCUAUGGAUCCCCAUCAAGUACUUUGUACUUUCCAUGGGAGGAAGAAGGAGGGGCAGCGCAAUUCGGAGCUACUGAUUGGACAUUUUGGGCUAACAAUUCUGUCUCCUUCCCGCAGAGCACCCCAGCAAGCCCCACUUGAGCACUCCCCCUUCCUCUCCCCUGCUGCAGGUCUCGAGGACUACCAAAAGUUGUACAAGGAAUCCAUCACCGACCCAAAGGCCUUCUGGGGCACCAAAGCCCGCGAGCUCCUGUCUUGGUUCAGCGAUUUCCAGACCGUCUACUCCGGUUCCCUGGCCGGUGGUGAUAGCGCUUGGUUUGUUGAGGGCCAGCUCAACGCCUGCUACAACUGUGUCGACCGUCACGCCUUCAAGGACCCCAACCGCGUUGCCAUCAUCUACGAGGCCGACGAGCCUGGCGAAGGCCGCAAUGUCACCUAUGGCGAGCUGCUCCGCGAGGUCUCACGCACCGCCUGGGUUCUGAAGCAGAUGGGCGUGCGCAAGGGAGACACCGUUGCCAUCUACCUGCCCAUGAUUCCCGAGGCCAUCAUUGCUCUCCUCGCUUGCGUCCGUAUCGGCGCCGUCCACUCCGUCGUCUUUGCCGGUUUCUCCGCCGACUCUCUCCGUGAUCGUGUCAUUGACGGCAACUCAAAGGUCGUCAUCACCACUGAUGAGGGUAAGCGUGGUGGCAAGUUGAUCGGCACGAAGAAGAUUGUCGACGAUGCCUUGAAGCAGUGCCCCGAUGUGUCCCACGUCCUCGUCUACAAGCGCACCGGCGCCGAUGUGCCCAUGACAAAGGGCCGUGACUGGUGGUGGCACGAAGAGGUUGAGAAGUGGCCUUCUUACUUCCCCCCUGAGCGCGUCAACUCCGAGGACCCCCUUUUCCUUCUCUACACCUCCGGUUCCACCGGUAAGCCCAAGGGUGUUAUGCACACUACUGGUGGCUACCUCGUCGGUGCCGCCGCCACGGGCAAGUACGUCUUUGACAUCCACGAUGGUGACCGUUACUUCUGCGGUGGUGAUGUCGGUUGGAUUACCGGACACACCUACGUCGUAUACGCCCCUCUGCUGCUCGGUGUGAGCACCGUCGUCUUCGAGGGCACACCCGCCUACCCCAACUUCUCGAGAUAUUGGGAUAUCAUCGCGAACCACCAAGUCACCCAGUUCUACGUCGCCCCUACCGCUCUGCGGUUACUCAAGCGGGCCGGUGACCAGCAUGUCAAGGGCGACAUGAAGCACCUCAGAGUGCUCGGCUCCGUCGGUGAGCCCAUCGCCGCCGAGGUCUGGAAGUGGUACUUUGAGGUUGUCGGCAAGGAGGAGGCCCACAUUGUAGACACGUACUGGCAGACCGAGACGGGCUCCAACGUCAUCACUCCCCUGGCCGGUGUCACGCCGACCAAGCCCGGUAGUGCUUCGUUGCCCUUCUUCGGCAUCGAGCCCUCCAUCAUCGACCCCGUUUCCGGCGAAGAGAUUCACGGCAACGAUGUCGAGGGUGUGUUGGCCUUCAAGCAGGCAUGGCCCAGUAUGGCCCGCACCGUCUGGGGCGCUCACAAGCGCUACAUGGACACGUACCUGAAUGUUUACCCAGGCUACUACUUCACCGGUGACGGUGCCGGCCGUGACCACGAGGGCUUCUACUGGAUCCGCGGCCGCGUCGACGACGUCGUCAACGUCUCUGGCCACCGCCUGUCGACCGCCGAGAUCGAGGCCGCGCUCAUCGAGCACCACUCCAUCGCUGAGGCCGCCGUCGUCGGCGUCGCGGACGAGCUCACCGGCCAGGCCGUCAACGCCUUCGUCGCCCUCAAGGACGGCAACGAGGCCUCGGACGCGCUGCGCAAGGAGUUCAUCAUGCAGGUGCGCAAGAGCAUCGGACCGUUUGCCGCACCAAAGGCCGUUCACAUCGUGCCCGAUCUGCCCAAGACCCGCUCCGGCAAGAUUAUGCGCAGAAUUCUCCGCAAGAUCUUGGCUGGUGAGGAGGAUCAGCUUGGUGAUGUUACGACUCUUUCGGAUCCUUCCAUUGUUGAAAAGAUUAUCAACAUUGUCCACGAGGAAAAGAGAAAGAAGUAA